AUGUCAACUCUAGAGUCAACUACGCAUAUUCCAAUCGCACAGCUUACACCAUCACUUCCCUCAUCGACUUCGAAAUCUGUUAAAGCGGUAGUAACUCUUACAUGGCCAUACAGCUCCCGCACGGGUUCUGUAGCCUUUCUACUCGCAGAACCAGAUUUCCGCCUGCGCAGAACCAGAGGCCAAGUGCGCGUACAAUUCUCAGGAUCGUCUGCGAAUAUAAUCGCAAAGUCGGGUAUUGCUAGUGGAGAUGAAGUGAUCUUAUGUCUAGAUGGAGUGGAAUACGUGGAACCUGAAGCUACAAAUGCGACACCUGGAAGAGGUGUGGAGUUUGAAUUGAAAUUCACAGAAAGACUUCUACUUCAGUUCCGACCGGAAGAAUCUCAAGAUACCAAGUUGAUCAAUAUCGACCAUCCCGAUCCGGAACCUAUUCCAACACCCGCGCCCGCUUCAGCGACAAAUAUAGAGACCAAUAAUCAAGGACCAGAAGCCCCAGCAACGCCUGCCCCGUUUUCAAAACGAAUUGCUACACAGAUUGCAGAGGAAUAUUCUUCCCCAGCUUUCUUGAAACGUGAGCGAACAUCGUAUGGAUCAAUAUUUGAUGAAGGCUAUGAUCCUUUUGAAGUGGGGGAUGGGUCAGUCCGUGAAAAAGGCAGGAAGAGGACUAGAUUUAGUACAACAUGGCGAUAUACAAGCAGGUCACCAAGUCCCAGUCCAGAGGUUGAAGAGCAAGUAGCAGCGCCUUUGGAAAAUGAUAUCCAGGAUCCAGCAAACCAACAUGCGCCAGCAAUGACGGACGAGGGUGUUCAGACUAUGGAGGUCGAGGAGCCGGCAGCAGCGCCGUUGGAAAAUGGCAUUCAGGAUCCAGCAAAUCACCAUUUUUCGGUAAUGACGGACGAGGGCGUCCAGACUAUGGAGGUUGAAACCGAGGUAAUUGCUGAAGUGACACAAACAUUGCACAUAAGUCUACCUAGAAUAAUCGAGGAGACUGAGACAAUUGGCAUCGUACAUGUGCAUGCGGAAGAUCGAUUGCAGGAACAGUCACAAGUCGAAGAGACGAUUGCAAAUACCAUGCCACCCCCACAGAGUCAACCUGAUAUUAUCAUGCCAAAAAUUGAACAAGGAACAUCGCCCGACGAUUUAGUUGAGAAAUUGCCUUCUUUCCCGCAGCUACGAACUUUGCCAUCAGAAGGUCUACCUUUGGUCUCCCCAUUUGUGACAAGCCGAUUUGAGACGUUCAACAACCACAUUCACAAGGACUAUGCUCAAGACCUUGAAGUUCCGAAUUUUCCAGCUAUACUUUCAGCAGAGACUGAUAUGCAGAUACAAGUCGACGACGACAAAGGGGAUUUAUAUGGUGCAAGCCCUCUGCGUCGUACACGCGACCAGCCGAGAUCAGACCAGACCAAUCAUCGAACAUCAACAAUUCAUUCUGGAAACAAAUCUCGCUCCGCAAAUAUGGAAGCCGCCUUCCCUCCUCAUCAAGAAGGUCAACUCGAGGCCGAGCAAGGUGCUGAACAAUUCUUUCCCCCCCACAAUACUUCUGACCCAAUUUCCUAUAUACCGGUCAGCACUUAUGCUGGAAUGUCUGAAGAGCAAGGCCAAUACAUCUCCAAUGAAAUGGAGGAGGAUAUGGCUCAUUAUAAUUAUCCCGAUCCAGAGCCACAAUCAAACAAUUGGGGAACUCAAUCUAGUAUGGCUUAUCCAGGUCUCGAAGACAGUCAGGAACAAUUCAACUCAUACCCCCAACACCCAUCUAUGCCAUCUAUGGCUCGGUCUCAAAGUAAUCAAUCUCAUCAAUCUCACCAAUCUCAACAUCCGUCCCAAUCUCCCCAAUCUCAAAUUGUUGAUUUGACCGAGAGUGAUGAUGAGGAUGAGGACGCUGAAGGAUAUCUUGAAGUUGAAGAUAAUAGCCGACAGCACAUAUCUAGCUCACAUUUACCAGUGUAUAUUGGGGAAGAAACAUUUUAUGAUGAAAAAGAAGAAGAUGAAAGCAGUGUUUAUGACGAUGAGAAUAAAGUAGAAUACAAAGCCCCUCCCCGCGAUGUCCCAGAAGGAGUUGAUCAUGGAGAUGACUACGGAGAGGGCUUUUCUGGUGACGAUGACGAGAAUAUGGAUUCAAGAGGCAGAGGCCACUACUUCGAAGAGGAUGAAACCGGCAGUGAAGAUGUUUAUGAUGAAGACGACUACAAUGAGAACGAUGUAGAUAACGAAGUGCCGCUGCAGCGACAGCCACCACGAGAGCCGGAAGUGAUAGACCUUUUGUCUUCAGAUGAUGAAGAUGAGGAGCCAGCAGCGACACGGAUAGUUUCGAGAUCACGACCGCAAAUCCCGGAUGCUCGAAAGGAAGAUUAUUUCGAGGAUGAUGAGAUUAACGAAGAAGAGGGUGAUACAGAGGAGGACGAGGCUGAGGGCGAAUCUGAGGACGAAGACGAGGGGUGGGAAGGUUUCGAAGUAGGCGGCGAAGAAGUUCAAAACACCGACAUGCCUACGACAACAUCUCAAGAAUUCGUCAGAGAUUCCUCCACCGAGUCGGUUGAGGACGAGUUAAUGGGAAACGAAAGCACGCUAGUCGAUGAUGGCGAUGACACAGUCGAAGUCGAUGCUGAAAUGUCCGAACUGGUUUCGAAUUCAGUGGAAUCUCGUCUUGUUUCCGACGCUCAAGUGGAUGUAGAUGCAAGUCUGGAUGAGUUAGAGGGCACACAGCAACAUCCUCAACAACAAGAAUUUCCUGAGGAACAGGGUACUGUCGAAUUCGUUCCUGAACCUAUAGAUGUUGAGACCAGCUCGGCCGUCAAGAUGGACACUGAUAAUACUACGGACAAUCUAGACGGAUUAUUUGAGAAACUAGAGGAAGCCGGAUCAGAGACACAAUUGGAACAAGGACUUUCAAUUGUGGAGAGUGACGAGCCUCGAAAUGAUGCGGAGGUUAUCGAGGAUGAUGUUCAAGAUAUUGGGAAUGAAGACAAUGUCCAAAGCUCGGAUGAAGCAAAUGCUGACGAGACCUCUUCACAAGAAUCCGAAAUAAUUGAAGCGACAGAUAUUCUAAUAACAGCAGAUGCAGUCCCCUGCGGUCCAGAACUGACUGAAGACAAUGUCCAAAACUCGAAUGUUGCAAAGGCUGACGAGAUUUCUUCACAAGAAUCCGGAUCGGCUGAAGCGACAAAUGACCCAACAACAGUAGUGGAAACCUCCUACGAUCCAGAACUGAUUGAAGACAAAGAAAACGUUAUUGAUUCUGUUCUAGAAGAUUUGCCCCCAGCACCAGCACCAGCAGUCGUAGAGAUAUCUGAAGAUCCAACAAUACCUAGAAGUACAGAACAAAAUAUUAUCGAUCAAGCUGCCAAGUCUGGUUGGGCAAAUCCCAAACAUGCUACCUUAUUCUCAAGAACUUUUGGUUUAGAUGGUGCGAAUGAUGCGAGCAAUGAGGGUGACCAGGAUAAUGAGGGUCAAGUUUCUUACCCUACGUUGCCUGUGACUGAACCGGAAGAUCAACAAAAGUUAGAUGAUGAUCCAGAACGAUUUUCGCAGUCUGAAAACCCUACCCAUGGCAUUGAUAUCCCCACAAACCAUCGCAAUCAUCAACUUCAGACCCCCGAUAAUACUCUAAAGAUGGAUGUUGACGAGGACUCCUUCAUGUCGAUGUCAGAUCUACUUCAGUCCCAACUACAAAAAGAAAUGGGAGAGAUGGAUGAAGAUAUAGAAAUGAUACAAAGUGAUGAAAGCAUUGAGGAGGAUCGGGUUUUGGCCACAGAUACGGAAACGGAAACGAUAGAUAAAGAUAAAAUCCAAGUGAUUGCCCCCGAACUCGAAGAUUUUGAGGUUAAGGUCACCAAGACGGAGAUUUUUGAGAUAAGAGAGACCGAAUCUACUGAAAUUGAAGUGGAUCACGUUGACGAAGACCUUGUCAAGGUUGUUUUAGCUGAAGCUAAGCAGGUAGAGGCAGAGCAGGAUGGAGACGAGGAGUUUGAGAAUGAGAAGUCCCAGCUUGCCCAAAUCGAAGCCGAUAUUAGAAAAGCCGAGAUGACAGAACUCGAAACUCAACGAGGUCUUGCAAAAUUGGUUGAAAUUAUAGCUCUCAAGCAAGACACCGGAAUGGUUGAAGUCGAGGAAGAAUAUAUCGAGGAGACCGUCAAGGAGAAUGAAAUUAUUGUUGAUAGUACCGAAGCUAUUAUGUUGGAGCAGGUCAUAUCAGAGCCACCUACAGCUCCCUUACGAGACCGAAACCGCAAGGAAUCUUCACUAGAUAUUAAGAAAGGCAUCACAGAACCGGCCUCUGUCAGCCCUAGACAAACACGAUUCAGCCUGGAACCUUCGCCUGUAUCAAAGGGUAGGAGAGGAUCGACCGCUGUCGGUCCUGUCAGUCCUAGACAAACACGAUCCAGCCUAGAACCUUCACCUGAAUCAAGGAAGGUUAGGAAAGGAUCGACCGCUGUUGAUCCUGUCAGUCCUAGACAAACACGAUCCAGCCUAGAACCUUCACUGGAAUCCAAGAAGGGUAGGAGAGGAUCGACCGCUAUCGGUACUGUCAGUCCUAGACUAACAAGAUCCAGAAAGUUGGAGCCAGUUGUAGAAAUUAUUACUCCUAUAACACCUUCGAAAUCCAACAAAGAGAAUGAAAGACCGUCUACACGUGGUAGCAAUCGCUCUAGGAAAUCGCCAUCCAUAGUUCUCGACGAAGAGGAAAUACCACAAGGCCAUGAUGCAAGCGCCGAAGUGGCUCUAGAAUCACUCGAAAUACCCGAAUUACCCGAAUCACCAACAAAAGCCGGUCACCAGCUCAGAGCGCCAGCAUGUACUGACCCAAAACUCCGUUUGACUAAAUAUCUUCGUACUGAUCUAAGCGAAUACACAACUCUCAAACUGCUGCGUUUUAAGAUGACGUCGAAACUGGAUGUUUUGGCGAUUGCUACGAGUGUACCUCCGGAACCUCAUAGAGCAAAAUCGGGACCAAAGCAUUACACAACCACUUUCACUAUUACCGAUCAGACAAUUGCUCCUUCGGGAGUAGUAGAAGUAAGAAUCUUCCGUCCAUACAAAGAUGCUCUACCCAUACCUGAGAUUGGAGAUGGAAUUCUAUUAAGAGAUUUCAGCGUUUUAUCAAUCAAAGGCAAAGGUUUCGCACUACGGUCUGAAGAAGGAAGUAGUUGGGCGAUAUUCAAGGAUGAGGGUACAGAAGUGGAAAUCACGGGACCUCCUGUAGAAUAUGGUACUGGGGAGAAGAAACACAUGAAGGAAUUGAGAGAAUGGUUUCACGCGCUAGAUGAUGAUCAAAAGACAAAGUUGGAGAAAGUUAGUACCGCGAUGGAGAAGGUUCCUCCGGGAAAGAGUACACCGGAAAAGGCAAAGAAGUGA